AUGAAGGAGGAUGUGGGUUGCGCAUGCGUAUUCCAGAUGAAUGUGUUCCCCCAGUCCACAUUCCCUAUGUUUCCUUUGAUGAAGAGUUUUGACCCAGCACAGUCUCUUCUCCGGCCGGUCGGUCUUCAAUCCCAAGGGUCACAGACAAAAUGUCACCAACCAAAGACAUCGUCAAGUUCACAUUUUCCCAGUAUCCUUGCACCCUAUUGUGACCCGAUGUUAAACCUACGUCGUCCCUCUACGAUCGGCGGCAGCAAACCGAAGGUAGCGACCCCUAGCGUGGUAUCAAAGAUCGAACAAUACAAACAAGAGAAUCCCACUAUCUUCGCCUGGGAAAUUCGAGAUAAACUUCUAGCGUCAGGAAUUUGUACCCAGUGUAACCUCCCAAGUGUCAGUUCUAUCAACCGGAUAUUACGUAACCGGGCAGCAGAACGAGCGGCCAUGGAGUAUGCCCGUUUUGUCAGUAGAUCACUAUAUCCGGUUCCGUAUCCUCCGAUGUGGAGUAUACCAACCCAGACGAUUGAGACCCCACCACGAGUUCCGGUAAUCCAGACACAAUCCGAAGAGGACACCAGCGACAUUGACCCUGAGAAAGAUGACCCCGAUAUCGACGUUGAGGACAAUUCGUCGGAUCACGCAGACGACCCCGAUGAUGUGAACUCCCAGCCACAAAAGUUGCGUCGUAACCGAACGACGUUUUCGUCGGAACAAUUGGACAUCCUCGAACGGGAGUUUCAGAAAACACACUACCCUGGUGUAACGACACGUGAAGAUCUGGCUAAGAAAACAGGUCUUUCCGAGGCCAGAGUACAGGUUUGGUUUUCGAAUAGAAGAGCCAAAUGGAGGAGAAGCCAGCGUUUGACCUUCCUACAAAAUACCACACGUGCUUUGCUGACGUCAUAUCACCCUUUGAAUCUCACAACGUCAUCUAGAGUAACAAAGACAGUCUCGGCAGAUUCCUUCCAAACUCUACAUAAACCAGAAACGGAGGAUCAGGACUCCAACAAGAAGUCUCCUAUCGUUAAUAUUGGAAGUGAAGACUCUGCUUUCACGCGGGUGCCUAGCGCGGGAAUCUGUGCUGUUACUAAAAGUGAUUCAGACACAGAAAUCGAAGUUUAA